AUGACCAGGGGUGCUUGGACGUGUCGGCAGCAAGAUGACGGCUUAAAAAUCUGGUUUGCACCCCGAGAGAACGAAAAGCCAUUUACUGAUUCAGAAAGGGCCCAGAGAUGGCGACUGUCCUUAGCCUCUCUCUUGUUUAUAACCGUUCUGCUCUCUGAUCAUUUGUGGUUCUGCGCCGAGGCUAAAUUGACAAGAACUCGAGACAAGCGACAGGACAAUUUGGCUUUCAUGAAAACGAGAGAUUACCCGGCCGCUAACCAUAUAGUUUCACCCAGCCAUCACUCAUCUUACAGCGGCCCCAUCAGAGACCAGAGUGUUAUUUUUAUAGGGAAUUCUACCAGUCCUUUGCGGCAACUUGAAACUUGUCACCCUGAUAGCCUCUCCAAAAACUGCUAUACUUUUGCCGACGCGGAAGCCGUGUGCGCGGGCCUCUCUGAUGCAGGUGGAACGCGGUCGGUGGAGUGGAAUCUAAGUGAUUUAUAUCUUUCUUUUUGUAAUUCUUACUCUCUUUUGGAUUUGUUUCACGGGUUUUCGAGUCCGGACAAUUUGAACUGCAGCCUCGAUAUGGCUAGGGGUGGUGAUAUAGCAGGAUGCAGCCGUUGCGUCCAAGCUUACCAGCUCCACGACCAGCAAGCUCAGGAGUUAUACCAAGAGUUUGAGGUUCUGGUUCAGAAAUAUGAAACGGAUGUAUAUUCAGUGCGGACAUGCAUGGAAGAAUGCACGACUGUCUACAAACCCUGGCUGUGUUCCCAGUACUUCCAGACCACGCAGAUGCACUGCACCAACAGGAUCCCAUGCAGGCAGUACUGCCUGGAGGUCCAACAGAGGUGUCCCUUCAUACUGCCCGACAACGAUGAGCUCAUAUACGGAGGAAGCCCUAGUUUUAUAUGCACAGGGCUCCUGGAUGAUGUGCGUCCGGAGGCAGAAGCAGAGUGCUGCGACGUUCGAUGGGAUAUCAGGCCAGAUAACAGCUCCAAAGGGACUCUCAAACGGACUCAUCCGUCAUGUCAGCACCGCACCUCCCUCACCUCCUCGGCAGCCUCCAGACUGUGUAACAGCAGGCUCAAACUCUGCCUGCUGGUUCUGGUGCUGCUGCACACUGUCGCAACUCUCACAGCGUCACACAACGCGACAGGGCUCAAUCUCACCACCAUCUCCCCCUUGGAGGAGAACGCCUCCAACGAGGAGUGA